AUGUCUUUUAUUACAAAGAGGCCGUGUCCAGAUGCAGUCAACGACUCAAUGAACGACUCACUGAACGACUCGCUGGAGAAACGGAUCCGUCGCAUCUCGAUAGAGGGAAACAUCGCUGCGGGCAAAUCCACCUUUGUGCACUUUCUGGAGAAGGAGAGCAGAGACUGGGACGUGGUACCAGAACCCAUCGCCAGAUGGUGCAAUGUCCAAACAAAAACCAGUGACUUUGAGGAGCUGACCACAUCUCAGAAGAGUGGAGGAAAUGUGUUGCAGAUGAUGUACGAGAAACCGGAGAGGUGGGCCUACACGUUCCAGAGCUACGCCUGUAUCAGCCGGGUGCGUGCUCAGAUCACGUCGGCCAAUAACAAGCUCCGAGAGGCCGAGAACCCCGUGCAGUUCUUCGAGCGAUCCGUCUACAGUGACAGGUACAUCUUUUCAGCCAACUGCUAUGAGAGUGAGUUCAUGAAUGAGACAGAAUGGGCUAUCUACCAGGACUGGCACAGCUGGCUGCACAGUCAGUUUGGCAAGCACAUCGAGCUGGACGGUAUCAUCUACCUCAGAGCUACACCGGAGAGAUGUUUAGAGCGGUUGCACCGGAGAGGCAGAGAAGAAGAGCAAGACAUCCCUCUGGAGUAUCUGGAGAAACUCCACUUUAAGCACGAGAGCUGGCUGCAGCACAAAACCAUGACCACGGAGUUCGAGUACCUCAAUGAUGUGCCCGUCUUGACCAUAGAUGUCAAUGAAGACUUUAAGGGGAGUGAGAUCAAGAAAGCCGACAUGAUUGAGAAGGUGAAAGAGUUCCUGAGCACGUUGUAAAGAUCACUCAGUGAUGGGAAAUAUAAUCGAUGCUGAAAGGAGGAAAAGGUGGAUGGAGAGUUACUUUUAGAACAAUGAAUGCCUCAAGAAUGACACUUAUUUUUUUUUAUACAGCACAAUCAUCGCAAAUGAUUUGACCUGUUGCAUUUUU